AUGGACACACUGCCUGAGGAACAGCUCAAGCAGGGCAUGCUGGCCUCUGGUAUCGCCCAUCAAGGUUCCGAUUCACAUCUACGGAGGCAAAUCGAUCAGCGCUGCGCGGGUGAAUCACCCUUUACCCAGCGUAAAGAAAGCAACAAACUGUUUGUAUCGUCUUGGACUCGUCUGCUCGGCGUAGCAUUCACCUCGUUGGCAGCAGCGUAUUUUUUGCUGCUUUGUUUUCGCUUUAUAGAGUCUGCGCGUCAGUGGUCCCCGCCCACUAGAUUUCUCGCAGAUCGUCGAGGUGAAUCAUGCUAUUCAGGCAGUGUGUCUGGGGAUGGCGAUGAAGGCGGCAGUUGGCCGACGGGGGAUUCGGCAGGUUUAGUGCUGGAGGAUUUUGGGGAUGGCAUCCAUUUGCUAAAUCAUGAGGCUUCGGGAUCACAAGUCGCUGCCGGAGGAACACGAGAGGUAGAUGCUGAGGCUGCAUCCUAUCUCGAUAUUUCGGAAGAUGCUGCUGGCUUUAACCCCACGCAUACUGAAGACGCUGGUUUGCACUUAUGGGAAGGCCGGAACAUGCCUGCGGACCAAGAAGAGCGUUUGAAAAAUCUCUUUGGCCGCAUGAAAGACACUUUGAAUUUAUGUGGGCCGCUGUUGCCAGUGUUAACGUACAUGCAACGCAUGCAGGUGGUAUUUUAUGUUGCUAGGUUGGUCGGCCUGGAUUUGGGAGCCGCAUCACUUGUUAAGGAGAAUAUGGAGCCUGAGAGGAGAGCCGUAGGCGACUCUGCCAUCCAAUUGAUAGAUCAUUUACUUCAGCUGGUUAACAACGACACGAGCAAUAGAAAAUUUCGCCGGAAAGUUGAAAAAUUAAAAAUUUUGCUUGAGCAGAUAAAGCAGCCGCGGCAUAUCCGUGAAGAAAAGAGAGCUCAAAAAUACAGAAUGAAGAUGAUAGCCUUGAUGUCAACUGCCGAAGUGGCUCUAAAGUGUUGCGCAGGAGUUUUGCAAGGGCUGGGACAGCUAAAGGAAGAUCCGUCGAAGAGGCUGCCACCGAAAGUAGUUGCGCAACAGGUGGAUGUUUUGAAAGCGAUUUUCGACGCCCACGUUGACCACCUGUCCAAAGACGGCUGCCUUCGACAACACAUUUUAGAUUGUCAAAAAAAUACAGGUGUGGGUGAACCGUCUCAGCGGCUGCAGCCGCCAGCGCCUUUUCAAGGAGGCUACAGUCUCUUUGGAGGUGGCGGCAUACCCCCCUGGUUGCCUUUUUCACAGGCUUCACCUGCCUCUAUAGAAAGUCGCUCAACUGCCCGCGGGGGAAUGCCGCGAGAGGGAGGAGGCGCCCAACGUCGCAGUGUGUCUGGGGAUGGCGAUGAAGGUGGCAGUGGUCCGACGGGGGAUUCGGCAGAUGGUUUAGAGCUAGAGAGUUUUGGGGAAGGCAGCCCUUUGCUGCAUCAUGAGGCUUUCGGAUUACAAAGCACUGCCGGAGGAACACAAGAAGAAGUAGUUGCUGCUGGGUUACAAGGCGCUGCUGGAGGUAAAGAAGCAGAAGCUGAAGAAGCAGAAGCAGACUUCAUGGAAGCAUUUUAUGAUGCGUGGUCCCCGCCCACUAGAUCUCUCGCAGCUCGUCGAGACGAGUCGUGCGAUUCAGGCAGUGUGUCUGGGGAUGGCGAUGAAGGUGGCAGUGGUCCGACGGGGGAUUCGGCAGAUGGUUUAGAGCUAGAGAGUUUUGGGGAAGGCAGCCCUUUGCUGCAUCAUGAGGCUUUCGGAUUACAAAGCACUGCCGGAGGAACACAAGAAGAAGUAGUUGCUGCUGGGUUACAAGGCGCUGCUGGAGGUAAAGAAGCAGAAGCUGAAGAAGCAGAAGCAGACUUCAUGGAAGCAUUUUAUGAUGCGGUUAGGGAAUACGUUGGUGGCGUUGCUCCUGAUUCAGAAAAAUCACACGAAACAUGUGACUUGCACUUAUGGGAAAGCCGGAACAUCCCUGCGGAAGAAGAACAUUGCUUAAUACGUCUCUUUAGGCGCAUGCAAGAGGCUGCGAGUUCAUGCCGAUCGUUGCUGCCAGUGUUGACGCGCAGACACCGUUUGCAGCUGACAAACCACGUGUUGAAGCUGCUCGCCCUGGAUUUGGGAGCCAUUUAUCUAGUUAAGGAGGGUAAGGAGCGUCGUAGAAGUGCUGUAGGCGACUCUCUCAUUAAGCUGGCAAAGCACGCACUUUACCACGGGCAUGAUGGCGCAGGUAGUAAGAAGCUCCGCAGCAGGCUCAUAACUCUGACAACUUUGAUAACAGAGUUAAAGCAGCCACGGCAUCUAUAUAAGGAAAAGGCCCCUGAAAAAUACAAAAGGAAGAUGAUAGCAAUACUGGCAACUGCCGAAGUGGCACUGAAGAACUGUCUGGGCGUUUUGAAUGGGCUGUUGCAGCUCAGGGAAGAUACAUCGGCAGCCCAGCUCCCUCCACGAACAGCAGAGCAGCAGAUAGAGGUUGUAAAAUCGU